AUGGAAAGAAUGUCAAGCAAAAAAACAAAAGGUGUUGUUGUAGUUCCAAUUCAACGAAAACGUUUGCAUCCAUUUAGUGGUACUCCGCAUAGGCGAACUGGAACGAAAAUCGCACCUGCCAAUAUAAAUUCAUUAAACGGAUAUCAAACCGCCUAUUCAGCACAGCAUGAUUACAAUAAAAAGAACGAAUAUGACCGGACAUUGUUUAAUGAGCAACGCAAAAAAGAAAUGGAAAGUACUGCAUUGGGUACCAUCGGUUUUGAAAUGAGUGAGAUUUUAUCGAAACAUACAAAACCUAUGAUUCAACCAAGAAUAAUUCGAUUAAGAAGUCAUAGACAUCGUUCAGCUAGAUCAAAAUUGACAUUCAAUGAAUCCUUAGCUUCAUUUACAAAGCAUGAUACGUCAUCAAUUUUAUCGAGUAUACCAUCAAUCAAACUACAUCAAAAACAAAACAAAAAUCGAAAAAGUUUUCGAUCUACAAAAAUAAACAUUGGAAAUGAAUUUGAAAAUUUAUCAAGCUUUUUCGAAAACGAUGAAAAAAAGAAGAAGAAACAGCGACGUCGUAUUGGUGCAAUUUGUUUACCAUGUCCGAUGCGUUGUUGUUUUGCAAUGAUCGUUGGAGCUGUAUUACUUCCUAUGGGUCUUACUGCUCUGUUAACUUAUAUUUUCACAAGUAAACAUACAACGACAAUGUUGACUACAAGCACAACCACUACUACCACUACAUCGCCAACAACGACUCCAACCCCUCCAUGUGUACCAACGUCGGUUGGCUCUGCAAAUAUCCUUUAUAAUGCAACGACUGGCAAUGUGCAGUACUCAUGUUUUGCAUAUGCAUGGACAUCACCUACGACAGGUCCAGUUACUCUUGCCUUUCAGUUGCGCAAUGAUCCGUCCAUUUGGAAUCUUGAUGAUGUCACAGUUUAUGCUGGAGCUACUGAAAUGUUAAAUAACACAGGUUUUGAAACUGGUUCACUUUCGCCUUGGGUAAGAACAACACCAAAUGGAGCUUGUGGCGGAUUGGCAGGUGGCGUGGACGCGUUUUGCAUACCAUUCAGUGGAUUCUAUGCCUUGUGUGAUGAAAGUACCGGAUGUGCCGAUGAAAUCAGUCAACAAUUUACCGCUACAGCUGGUCAACUCUAUAUUGUGAGUUUUUGGUUAAAAUCGGAUUCAGCAAGCGCUGGCAUGUCUGUGACGGUUACUCUGUCGUGA